AUGAAGGCCUACCUUGCCUUCCUUCCGGCCUUGGCGUCGUGCGCGACGGGAUUCGUGGUGCGGACGCCGCCCUCUGUCGUGAGCCCGCCCGCUGCGACUGCCCCUGUUUCUGCCCGCCGAGGCUCCAAAGCCGCUGGUUUGGCCAACGGCGCACGUGUGACAUGUUCCCACCGUAGGGAAACAAGGCUCCAGGGAAAGAAGGCUGCAAAGGAAGAUGGAGAUAGAUCAGACGACGACGAGGAUGGAGACAGGGAAGACAGUCGCACCGCCUCAAACCCCCUGUGGGGCCGGGAGAUGACCAUGGUGAUAGGCCAGGACAAGAUCAGCUACAUGGCGCUCGGCGGAGACAGAAGCCCCGCGGUGCUAUACCUUCCCGCCUUCGACGCUCCCGCCCACGAUUACAAGGCGGACAGCCUCCGAUCGUACUGCGAAGACGAGGAGUACCCGUUCAUCUCCAUGGAGUGGUUCGGGGUCGGCGACAGCGAGGGGAGGUUCGAACACGGCACAAUCUCCAGGUGGAAGCAGGACGCAAUCACCCUCAUCGAUAAGCUUCUCCCCGAGGCGUACCAGGAGGUUAUCAUCGUUGGGGGAGGCGUAGGGGGCUGGAUCGCUACCCUCAUCGCCCUGGAGAGGCCGGAAAAGGUCGGGGGUAUCGUCGGUCUCGCCGCCGACCCGGACUUCACGGAGAACCUGCUGAUGCGCUACCUGCCCAAGGCCAAGAUCGAUGAGAUAUACGAAAAGGGGGUGGCCACCAUUGCCUGGGGAGAGAGGUCGUACCCGGUGAGCAAGGUGCUCAUCGAAGACGCCAAGGACAACCUGGUGCUCGAGGGGCCGGUGGGAGGCCUGCCCAUCACCUGCCCAGUGCGGUUGAUACACGGGCUGAACGACGAAGAAGUGCCGUACACUGUCUCCCUCGACCUCUCCCGCCGGAUACAGAGCUCGAACGUCAACCUGUACCUCGUGAAGACCGCCAGCCACCACUUGGACAAGGGCUCGAUCCUCAAGAUGGUCAUCAACUCGCUGGAAGAGUGCAUCAUGAACUACGUGCCACAGGUGCUCCCGCCAAAGGUCGACAGCAUCUGAUGGGGCUGAAACGAAGAAGAAUCGGUUGGGUGACACUUCGGUUUCCGUUUCGCGGAGAGAGGGGUGGCAACUGCACGAGUCGUCGGGGGGUUCAUGAUGGGCCAGAUCUCAGGGUUUUUUUAAGAGUGCUCCGAUUUUUACGAAGGGUCGAGAUACUCUCGGGGAGAUGCAGUAUUUCCACGCAAGUUUGCACGUACGGGUGUGCUUGAAGAGCGAGCGCGGCGCUGUUGUCGUCUGUAGUUUGUUUU